AUGGCUCCCAUUCACGUAGUGAUUAUAGGACAUUCCUUUAUUCGUCGUUUGCAGAAUUUUAUUGCUCUUAACACUGAGAACGACAAUUUGAGACUUUAUAGACAUUUAUUCGAUGUACAGUUUCUUUGUGAAGGAGGUCUAACUGUCGAUCGCAUGGCUCACAGACCCAAAUUUACGACAUUUGAUCCGCCUCCCCAGAUGGUUUUUCUACAGGUCGGAGGAAAUGACCAAGAUAAUAACAAGAUAGCCGUAGACACCUUGGUGAGGCAAAUCCAGAGUUAUGCUAAUUACUUAGUUCUGGGGUGUGGAGUGCGGCAUGUCGUUAUCGGCCAAAUACUGCGACGCAACAGGAGGGGCGAUUACAACUCCCGGGUUGUCGAGGCUAAUUGCUGUCUACAGAACUGGGCCUCCUCUCUUGACCAUAUCUCAUUUCACCAGCACCAUGGUUUCUGGAAGGACUUAUCAUUCCUGAGCAGAGAUGGCGUACACAUCAGGUGUUCCCGCACCGACAGCAGCCAGAUGAGGAAAUAUCUUCAAAGUGUAAAGAGGGCCGUCUUGCGAGCUUCUCGCUUCAUUGGGUAA